CUCAACCGACCUCCUUCUCUCUGCUUCUUUCCAUUCGUCCUGUCCUCGGGAUGCCAGCAGAGUCCAAAUUUCAGAACCCUUGACUUGAUUUCUUGGAUGUAAACAUCAAGUCAAGAGAAACAUACCAAGACGGGGGAGUGAAGCGACAUUAUUUCAAGCCAUCGCUCGUUUUCAUUUGGACAGGCCUUUUGAGUGUAUUUUUAGACCUGGUGAGAUCCAGCUCAGCGCAACUGUUGCUGAACGUCGUCUUUUUUCAAGGGGGGACGAAACGUUGUUUUGAAAAGAAGUUACAUGCUGGUUUCCCUGGUAACGCAGCAUUUCCAGGAUCUCUGAAGGACCAAAAGUCACCUGCAAACUCAAAGAGAAAGCCCUCUUCAACAAUGAGCAGUCAGACGAGCGGUGGGGAGGCCAGCCCUUCGUCUCCGUCCAAUCAGAGGACGUUUUUGGAUGAAGUCAUUUUAACCUUCACUUCACCCAUGGCCUGGCUGCUGGUUGUGGCCCUCAUCCUCACAUGGUCAGGCGUGGCCAUUGUACUCUUUGACCUGCUUGAUUAUAAGACUCUAGCAGACUACACGUCAUACUGUGACGACCCCGUGUGUUUAUCACCUGACAAUGUCAGAGAAAGCAGACCAGGUCUGCCUCCUCCUUCUGCCAUCGGAAAGAGAGGUUUGAGGGCUCGAGCUGCGUUUCGUUCACCAAAACCAAGCCUUGCUGGAGUCCACAAUGACGUCACGCCUCAGGAGAGCUCUGAUUGGUUGGACAUGAUAUGGUCUUUUGCAGCAAGUUUGGUAGCUCCUGAUGAGGAAGAGGAAGGUAUUCAUCUGCUAACUGAAACCCUCACAUCUUUAAGUCCAGAGGAACUCUGAGGGAGAGGAGUUGGGAAAACAACGAGCAACGUUAACCAUCCAAAAAGAAGAUGUGGGAACUGGAAAGAGCCGGAGGGGAAUUGUACACAUUAUAUCAUCCUAACGUUUAUUCUGUCUAUCUGUAGCUGUAAUCUGAUCAUUAAAGACUCCUAUUUUAAACC